ACCAACAUUUCCUUCCGAAGAAGAAAUAGAAAACAUUACUAAUUACUUUUCUGACUCUAACUGUAAAGACAUAAAUGAGGGAUUGAAACCUGAAAAUAAACUUACUCCUAAUGAGUUAGCUCAAAAAUUAGGAAUUAGUGAAGAUAAAACUGAAAAUAUUUUAUACGGAAGGAUUGAAACCUUGGCAGAAGUCAAAACUUUUGAAACACCAAUCAAGGCUAAUUCUACCAAUGGCUUAAAGAAAGACAGCAAAAUUUUACUUAAUCGUUUACGAGCCAUUGAUAAAGAACUUCGCUUGCGAGGCUACUGCGGAAUAGCAGACAAAGAAACAAUGAAAAAAGUAGAUCAAGGAUUAGAAGCUAUCGCGGAUCAAGAAAAAGAAAAACAGAAAAGAUUUCAAGAAGAAAAGAAAAUCUGA